AUGACGCCCCCCUUCGUACUCCUUGCUGGCCUCGUUUCCGUUGCUGCUACCGACCUCCAUCAUCACUCUGACCGAUAUGAAUUGUCACUCAUCGGCCAAGAAGCAUCAUGUCAUGGCUUCACGACCAAGGACAGAUGUGUGGAAAAUCACUGUGCUUGGUGCAUCUGCGCAGCUGUGCCGUCAUCAUGCUACACACCAGCAGAGGCGGAUCAGCUUCCUCCCGCUAUAUUUCAGUGCAGCAAAGAGCAAAAGAUUCAGUUAUGGAACCUAACGACGGUUCCAUCAACGUCGGCAGCACUCAUUACGCUCUUUGAAGCGUGGAAAGACCAACACGGCAAGAGUUAUGACUCUCCGAUUCAGAACGAGCUUCGUCGUGGAAUUUUCGAAAUCAAUGCGCGUUCCGUUGCAGAACACAACAGCAACGAAAACAAGAGCUUUGAUAUGGAGCUAAAUGAGUUUGCGGACAUUACGUGGGACGAAUUCCAGAGCUGGUACUUGGGCGCUCCACAACAGUGUUCGGCUACAGAGUCGAGUAACGUCUUGUAUGGUGAAGUCCCAGAGCAAAAAGACUGGAGAAAGGAUGGAACAGUGUCUCCUGUAAAGAAUCAAGGCAAAUGCGGCUCGUGCUGGACAUUUUCCACGACGGGAUGUUUGGAAAGCCACUUAAAGCUUAAGCAUGGCGAGUUCACGAUCCUAUCCGAGCAAAAUUUGCUAGAUUGUGCCCAAAACUUCGAUAAUCAUGGAUGCAGUGGCGGUUUGCCAUCACACGCAUUCGAGUUUAUUAAGUAUAACGGCGGACUGGACACGGAAAAGACGUACCCAUAUGAAGCAAAAGAGGGCAAAUGCAAGUUUAACACGUACCAUGUUGGUGUACAAGUGGACCAAAUAGUGAACAUCACAGCUCAAAACGAGAAGGAGUUGAAGAAUGCGGUUGGCUCUAUUGGCCCAGAUGUAAACCACGCUGUUCUGGCUGUGGGCUAUGGUGUAGAGGAUGGCAAAAAUCACUGGAUUGUCAAAAAUAGUUGGGGCACCAAGUGGGGCAUGAAAGGUUUUUUUCAGAUUGCGCGUGGCAGCAAUAUGUGCGGUGUGGCCGAUUGCGCCUCGUAUCCCGUUGUGGUGUGA